AUGUCUCAGCACACCGUCUUCCGCUUUCCAGAACAAGGCUCCUUUCAAAACCUCAUCUCCUCCCAAGAAGAAGUUCCAACCAUCGCCAAACAUGAAGUCCUCGUUAAAAUCAAGGCUGUCGCCUUGAACUCACGCGAUAUCCAAGUCGCCACUUCCAAAUACCCCUUCCCGACCAAAAAAGACCACAUUCCCUGCUCUGACGGCGCUGGCGAUAUCGUCGAGGUGGGAAGUGCCGUUCAAGGUCUCGAGAAGGGAGAUCGGGUCAUCUCGUUUGAUCCUACUCAUCUGUACGGGCCUCAAAAAGACUUUUAUAACGGCCAGGGGGCUUUUGUUGAUGGCACGCUGGCGCAGUAUAUUGCCAGACCGGCUUCUGCGGUGGUCAAGGUGCCUGCUGGUGCGCCGCAGAGUUACAGUGAGUUGGCGUCGUUGGUUUGUACGGGUGUGACGGCAUGGAAUAGUCUGUAUGGCGUUGUUGCGUUGAAGCCUGGGCAGACUGUCUUAAUACAGGGCCUCAUCCUGGCUAAAGCAGCCGGUGCGACGACCAUCAUCGCCUCAUCCAGCAAAGAGAAACUCGAGAUUAUCAAGUCCAAAUUCCACCCAGACCACUGCAUCAACUACAGCAAACAUCCAGACUGGGCAUCCAAGGCACUCGAACUCACCGGCGGAAAAGGCGUCGAUCACAUCCUCGAAAUAGGAGGAAUUGGCACGAUCGAGCAGAGCAUCAAGGCCAUUGCAUACGGUGGAGUCAUCGGUAUCAUCGGCUAUCUGGCUAAGAUUGACCAGUCUCGCGUGCCUGAUGUUCCUCUACUUGCUCUCUCCAAGGGGUGCGUCGUUCGGGGGGUUUUGAUCGGGCCUAAAUGUAUGGAGGAUCUGGUUACUUUUGUCGACAGGGCGAAGCUGAGGAUGCCCGUGGAGAAGAAUUUUGGAUUUACGCGAGAUGAAGUAGUUUCUGCAUAUUAA